CUCUUUUACACCCGCACUCAACUAACGGACGUUAAACAGAGAUACAGUGUCGACGUGGGGAUGCGUUCUUGUCGAUCGGAAGAUUGACAAAAGUUCUGUGCAUCGAAUUCGGGAGGUCGUUGCGUUGAAAUGUUAAAUUUGGCUGCGCCACGGAGCCCCAACGCACGCACCACCGUUCAUGGGCAAUAAACAAACAAGAGAGACAGCAACGAGUACCAGUGUGGACGGUAACGUUACGCGACAGGACCGUUUGGAGAAGAUUCGGGAGAGCGUCAGCGCGAGUUUCAGCGCUACAUCGUUGGGCAGCGUCAGCAGCGGACGGUCAACGUGCAGCGCUUCCAGGCCGUGGUCCAGGGUGUCUAGACGUAGGUGGAAGGAGUCCACAUUAACUCUUCCGUACGAGAGCAGCAAAACAGCUUGGCCGGUUACACAAACAGAAUCUUCGUUUUUGCCAGAAUUUCCGAUCACAGCCACCCAUAACGAGAAACGUUUCGAACUUGUGAAGGAAGUCAGCAAAGGUGCGUUUGGCAAAGUUUACAAGGUGAACGAUUUGGAACGGGAACAGUCGUUUGCCCUUAAAGUUCUCUCCAAAUCUAAGGUGAUUAAGGACAAUUCUGUGCAGCAAGUUAAGGACGAGGUGCAGAUUCAAAAAUUGUGCGGACAUCAUCCAUUCAUUGUUGAUUGUCCAUUGCACUGGCAAAGCAGAAAAAGACUUUAUAUUGUUACUGAUUUUGUGAAUGGUGGAGAGUUGUAUGAUUUAUUGAAGGCCUACGUUACGUUUCCAACUGAGUUGGUUAAACUGUAUGUGGCUCAGAUAGCACUGGCUUUAGAUUUCUUGCACAACGCGGGCGUGAUCUACAGAGACCUGAAGCCGGAAAACGUACUGCUGGACGAUGAUGGCAACGUCCAACUGAUCGAUUUUGGACUAUCCAAGUGGUUAAGGCACGGCGCAACGACCAAAACAAUCUGCGGAACGCUCAGAUACAUGGCUCCCGAGAUUCUGGAGUUGCAACCGUACAACCACGCGGUCGAUUGGUGGAGUUUGGGCGUUUUGGCUUGUCUGAUGCUCACCAACAAAUACCCCGGGGGAACGAUCGACGAAUCAACGAAAACGUACAGGGGCCAAAAACCUGGAACACUUCCAACCAGUGUGGAUCUGGACGUUCCCAGCAAAGAUCUCCUCAUGAGGUUGUUAGAAAUUGAACCGACAAAGAGAUUGAGAUCCUUGAGAACGCUGCAAACAAUAGCGUUUUAUAAGGAUUACAAUUUUGAUCAUGUAAAAGAGAAAAUGAUCAAGCCCAAGGAGUUGCUUAUGCAGUUCUAUCCGAACGGCCCGCCCAAAAAUGAAGAUUUUUAUCCGGAUUUUGAUGAACUUAUGAGCGUUGAAGUUUAGUCAAUUAUUUUGAGCCUCAGAUCAAACGAAUUAAUAGGAAUAUACUUAGAACAAUUUUAAAUUUAAUUUAUUUAAUACCAAAAUUAUUAUUUUAUUUAGUGUUGUGUAUUAACAAUCAUUUGAAGUUUAUAUAAAAGAUUUGAAUCUCUCCAAGUUGCUCAAAUGUACAAUUAUAAAUCAUACAAUUGCAAAUUUAAAACAUUUUUUUUUAAUUAAAUAUGUUGAUUGGACAAAAUAUAUUUUUUACAAACCUCCUUUAUAUUUGGUAUUAACAUUAUUUUGUAACUUUGUUUUAAAA